AUGAAUAACCAGCAUCUUGUGAGAUAUCUAUGGAGGAAGGAGUUUGAGCCUCUAUACAGGGUACGAACGAAACCGGGGGAUUGGUAUUCAGUUAUCCAAGCUCCCGAUAAAAAUUAUCAUCAAAAAGUGAGAACAGAAAUUUGCAAGGGCAACGAUCAACCGUGCUUCACCGUCUUCCCACAACUAGACAGUUAUACAACUUUCUGCAAACAAAGGUUCACCACGUGGGAGUUUGUCGUCGAGGCCAAAGGCGGCGCUGGGAAAUUUGAGAAGGUCAAAGUCGAUAUGCCCACAUGCUGCUCGUGUUUCUACAAAAUAUCAUUUUAA